UGAAAAAGACACUUUCCAUGACUAUGUAGCACAACAUGUACGGUUCAUAUAUUACAUGCUUAAACCUUGAAUAUCAUCAGCCUAUUCCUUGCUUGCGUUCAGUUCUUUCAAGGUUGAGAAUUUCCACAGGUGAGAAGUUCCCUCGCCGAGCUCUUGCAAACCGUUGACCUCCAAUCACUGCAAAAGCAACCGUUUGCAAUUCAAUUGUGAUUGUAACGGCGAAGUAGAAUGUUUGAAAUUUACUGUUCAACGAGGAAUCGUGUUCGAGCCACGUGGUCGUCUCUACAAGUCACAUGGCACGAGUUUUGGUCGGAUGGUGGACCGGGAAGAGAUUGCUUCUAGUGGUUGGAUGUGAUGAUGUUAAUUGGAGGUAUCAGAAGUGGAGUACCAAGAUUGAAAAACGAGGACUACAUUCGCUACUUCACAAACGUCUUAUUUUUCUGCGAAGGGAUCGUAUUCCUUCUGCAGCUAGAACAUUCGCUCAACACUGAAAACAAUGACCUGCCCGUGAAGAUGUGGGAAAUCGUAAAAUUUGGAACUUGGUGCAAUACUACUGUGAAACUGUUUCUGAGCUUAUUACUCCACGAAAGGAUCACAGUCGUACGGAAUUUCAUUACCAGUGAUCGUGUCAACUCUGGUGACCAUGCCUUCGAUGACUAUGAGUACCAAAAAUUCAAUCGAUAUGUUAAGAUAAUGAUCGGACUGCUUUCAAGUCUCAUAGUCGUCGACAUCAUAUUACUAACAUUGCCAGUUUCUUCUAUAGAAGGGGCAUUUGCAUCUCCACCUCAAUUGCAGAAAACUGGAAAAGUGAUAUCAGGCAUCAUACACUGCAUUACCGUUAGAUUUGUAUCGUUACUAGUUCAUCCUAGAUGUUUCUCUAACUUGACAAGUGCCGCUACUCUGCUUUUGGGAAUGCGUGCUAAACUCAGGAUGUUGUCGCACCGUUUCACAAAACUGUUAACAUUGUCUGAUUUGAGUUGGGACAUUUAUUUUGAACACAUGUCUCGAGAGUUAAGGGAAGCCUUACUCCAACAAACGGAAUAUUGGAGGUUUUUGGGAGUACUGAAGGGUUUGAUUGCAGAAAUAUUUGUUCUGGUUCAUUAUUUCGCUAUUCUCACCAUCGGAGCUUUUUUCUACAUUACCACUGGUACUGGGAUUAGCUUCAUGUCGUUUGCGAUAACGACAGCUGCUAUAUAUUUGUUACUGGAAUACUAUUUUCUGUGUCGCUUGGUUGAUUCACUUCAGGACGAGGCUGAAGCAAUGGCUGGUGUGAUUCUCGAGUUAUGCACUAGAAUGCCGUAUAGCCGAGAACACCAUUCGAAAUAUAUCGAAUUAAGGACUUCAUUUAUGAUAAUAUUGCUCAACAUCCGGCAAGGAAUGCUAAUGAACUGUUUUGGACUGUUUGAAAUUUCAACUCUGGCGUUCGUUGAAUUGCUUAACACCGCAUUCUGUUAGCUUUUCUAAUCAGUUUUGGUUGAUUCUAGUCAUGAAGCACCCCAAGUAGCAUGCGAAACGUCUUUCAAAAAGAUGCUCUUCACAACAUGGUUUAAAAUAAGUAUUCAUUAGCAACUUAUCUAGUUUAAGGUCUGAUGCAUUUGAAUAUCAAAAGUUCAUGAUGUUUCAUUAAUUAUUCCAUGGCUUUGCAAUUUACUUCGUGUUUGGCGUCUAACAAAAUUGAAACGACGAGAUUUGCUGCAAAUGUUCUCCACAGUUUGAAAUUUUACCAAUAUUAUCACCAUGUGUUCUGUAGCUAUUCAAAUAAACUAUUGCAAUUUCUACCAGAAA